GGCGCACACACGCCAGGAGCGGGCACAAACGCCCGGCCGCCGCCGCAGACCGGCCGCUAUGGAUCUAUUCGACUUUUUCAGGGACUGGGACUUGGAGCAGCAGUGUCACUAUGAACAAGACCGUAGUGCACUUAAGAAAAGGGAAUGGGAACGAAGGAAUCAAGAAGUUCAGCAAGAAGACGAUCUGUUUUCUUCAGGCUUUGAUCUUUUUGGGGAGCCCUACAAGGUAGCUGAAUAUACAAACAAAGGUGAUGCCCUUGCCAAUAGAGUCCAGAACACGCUGGGGAACUAUGAUGAAAUGAAGGAUUUGCUAACUAACCAUUCGAAUCAGAAUCAUCUAGUGGGAAUCCCAAAGAAUUCUGUGCCCCAGACUCCCAUCAACAAAAAUGAACCAAGCUUUUUCCCAGAACAAAAGAACCGAAUGAUCCUCCCUCAUCAGGACAAUACCCUCUCCUCAGCAACAAUGCCUCCACCUUCUGUCGUGAUACUGAAUUCCACUCUUAUACACAGCAACAGAAAAUCAAAACCUGAGUGGCCACGAGAUAGUCACAACCCUAGCACUGGACAGGCAAGCCAGGCCAGCGGUCAGCAAAACAAGAUGCAGACAUCCACGCAGGACCCACCUCAAGCCAAGCUGGAAGACUUUUUUGUCUACCCAGCUGAACAACCACAAAGUGGUUCUGUCAACGAAGCCAAACCAUCUGCAAAGGAGGACGGUAAUCUCAAGCGUGGUGCAGAUGAUGCUUUCAAAGAAAUCUUUCAGUCCAACUCAACCGAAGAAUCUGAAUUCACAGUGCAGGCACCGGGGUCUCCCCUCGUGGCCUCAUCGUUACUAGCUCCCAGUACUGGCCUUUCAGUCCAAACCUUCCCACCGGGACUUUCCUGCAAAACAAGCAUGGUACAACAAAAGCCAACUGCAUAUGUAAGACCCAUGGAUGGCCAGGACCAGGCACCAGACAUCUCUCCAACGCUGAAACCUUCCAUUGAAUUCGAGAACAGCUUUGGGAAUCUGUCAUUUGGAUCACUAUUAGAUGGGAAACCUAGUUCAGUCAGUUCAAAGACUAAACUGCCAAAGUUCACAAUCCUCCAAACAAAUGAAGUAAGCCUUCCCAGUGAUCCAAGCUGUGUUGAGGAAAUCUUGCGGGAAUCUCAACAUCUGACCCCAGGAUUCACCUUACAAAAGUGGAGUGACCCCACAAGCAGAGCUUCCACGAAGUCAGUAUCAUUCAAGUCGAUGCUUGAGGAUGACUUGAAGCUGAGCAGUGAUGAAGAUGACCUUGAGCCUGUGAAGACCUUGACCACUCAGUGCACAGCCACUGAACUCUACCAGGCUGUUGAAAAGGCAAAACCUAAGAAUAAUCCUGUGAACCCACUCUUGGACGCACCUCAGCCUCUCUCUGCAGUGCCAGCCAGUGGGGGCUCCGUGAGCUCCAGUGAGUCAGAGAGCAGCUCUGAGUCCGACUCUGACUCCGAGAGUAGCACCACUGACAGCGAAGCCAAUGAGGUACCUCGUGUGGCCACACCAGAGCCUGAGCCCCCCUCAACCAACAAGUGGCAGCUGGACAAAUGGCUUAACAAAGUGACAUCCCAGAACAAGUCAUUUAUUUGUGGCCAAAAUGAAACACCCAUGGAGACAAUUUCUCUACCUACUCCAAUAAUACAACCCAUGGAAAUUCAGGUGAAAUCAAAGUCAAACCCAAGCCAGGUUCUGGCUGAACCCAAAGAAAGGCCUCUCCUGAGUCUCAUUAGAGAGAAAGCCCGCCCACGGCCCACUCAGAAAACUCCAGAAACAAAGGCUUUGAAGCACAAGUUGUCAACAUCCACUGAGGCAGUUUCUCAAAGGACAGUUGGAAAGAAACAGCCCAAAAAGGUUGAGAAGAAUACUAGCUGUGAGGAGUUCACCUGGCCCAAACCAAAUAUUACCAACAGCACUCCCAAAGAAAAAGAAAGUGUAGAGCUUCCUGACCCACCACGAAGCCGCAGCAAACCCACUGCACACAAACCAGUCCCCAGGAAAGAACCAAGGCCUCACAUCCCUUUGGGUGCCGAGAAGAAGAAGUAUAGAGGGCCUGGGAAGAUCGUGCCAAAGUCCCGGGAAUUCAUUGAAACGGACUCAUCUACAUCUGACUCUAACACAGACCAGGAAGAGACCUUGCAGAUCAAAGUCUUGCCUCCUUGCAUCACUUCUGGAAGCAACAUUUCAAAAUCCAAGGAACCAACCAGUGCCAGCCUAACCCUAAGCACUUUGACCACCACCACCAGCAGCAGCAGCAGCAGCAGCAGCAGCAGCCUGUCCAUCCACAGUGAGGAGCCAGCACUCUCACCUGCUCCUGUCAUACAGAGGGAGCAUUUGUCCCCUCUGCGGGAUAAUGAGAAUCCCAAAAACCUCUGGGUGAAGAUUGACCUUGACUUAAUUUCUAGAGUACCUGGCCACAACUCAGUCCCAACAGUAUCUGCUAAGAUAGACCACAAGGAGACUGCCUCAAAACCUAAGCGUCAAACUGCUGCUAUGAGUGUGGGAAAACCAGCCCCUAAGGGCAAGCGUAAGCAUAAGCCAGCAGAAGUUGCAGAGAAAAUCCCUGAGAAGAAGCCACGCCUGGAGGAAGCCACCACUAUCUGCCUGCUUCCCCCUUGCAUUUCGCCAGCCCCACCCCACAAGCCUCCCAGCACUAGAGAAAAUAAUUCAUCCAGGAGAGCAAACAGAAGGAAAGAUGAGAAACUGUUCCCUCCCCCUCUUUCCCCACUGCCAGAGGACCAUCCACGUCGCAGAAAUGUCAGUGGCAAUAAUGGUCUCUUCAAUCAAGACAAAAACAUAUCCAUGGUUGGACAAAUCACAUCAAGCAAACCUAAGAGAAGUGAAGGCAAAUUCUGUGCUACUUUCAAAGGAAUAUCCAUAAAUGAGGGAGAUGCUCCAAAAAAGACUGCCUCUGCCACUGUUACUGUCACCAACACUGCUAUUGCCACUGCCACUGUCACUGCUACUGCCAUUGUCACUACCACUGUCACAGCUACUGCCACGGCCACCGCCACAGCCACCACCACAACCACCACCACUACUAUUUCCACCAUCACCUCUGCUAUCACCACCGGCCUUAUGGACAGCAGUCACCUGGAGAUGGCAUCCUGGGCGGCACUGCCCCUCCUGUCCAGCAGCAGCACUAAUGUUCGGAGACCCAAGCUCACUUUUGAUGACUCGGUUCACAAUGCGGAUUUUUACAUGCAAGAGGCUAAGAAGCUGAAGCAUAAGGCUGACGCACUGUUUGAGAAAUUUGGGAAAGCUGUGAAUUAUGCUGAUGCAGCCCUCUCCUUCACUGAGUGUGGCAAUGCUAUGGAACGUGAUCCCCUGGAAGCAAAAUCCCCAUACACCAUGUAUUCUGAGACUGUGGAGCUCCUCAGGUAUGCAAUGAGGCUGAAGAACUUUGCAAGCCCUUUGGCUUCAGAUGGGGACAAAAAGCUAGCAGUAUUAUGCUAUCGCUGCUUAUCACUUCUCUACUUGAGGAUGUUUAAACUGAAAAAGGACCAUGCCAUGAAGUACUCUAGAUCACUGAUGGAAUAUUUUAAGCAAAAUGCUUCAAAAGUCGCUCAGAUACCAUCUCCAUGGGUAGGCAAUGGAAAGAACACUCCAUCCCCAGUGUCUCUCAACAAUGUGUCUCCCAUCAAUGCAAUGGGGAGCUGUAACAAUGGCCCUGUCACCAUCCCCCAGCGCAUUCACCAUAUGGCUGCUAGCCAUGUCAACAUCACUAGCAACGUGCUUCGGGGCUAUGAACACUGGGAUAUGGCUGACAAACUGACAAGAGACAACAAAGAAUUCUUUGGUGAUCUGGACACAUUGAUGGGACCACUGACCCAACAUAGCAGCAUGACCAAUCUUGUACGCUAUGUUCGCCAGGGACUAUGUUGGCUGCGCAUCGAUGCCCAUUUGUUGUAGUGGGUGCUCUCUCAUCUCUAGUAUCACCACCCAUCCUUCUACCUCUACCAGCACACUGAUGGUCACUGGUGGAGCCACACUCAUUUGGGAACAUUCUGUUUGAUUAUGUUUGUUUUUAUGCUUUUUGGAUAUCUGUGAAAAACUGAAGUCAUUGUAAGUGGACACUACAACUUGAGAGCAGUGUUUGUUUUAUUAGUUUGUAAUAUUUGAUAUGCAUUUCUCAAAUCUCACUACCUUUUGUGCUAUAUGGAAUGAUAGUCCCUACAAUAUCUGUUUGAGUCUACACUACCCAAAACCAAGACUGAGAAGCACAUGCAAUGAUAACAAGCCAAGUCCCUAAGAAAUCAAAUAUGAGAAUUCAAACAUGCGGGACCUGCAAAGAUUUUCAGCAAUACCCAUCCCCUAACAACACACUUGUGCCCAGAAAAGAAUGUAUUUCAGAAUCCAUUGUGAAAUAAUUUCUGUGGUUCCCACAGACUAAAUAUUCAGGUGAGAAUUUUCACUGUCAACACCCACUGGUUAGACUUUGUGGCUGCAUUAUGAAGUCAAAAGUAUCAAGGAAAAAAAAUUAUAGUGGUGUACUGUUGAAAUAGCACAGAGUGCUGUUAUAUUGGCAUCCCAUUUCUGCCUCCCUAUCCUUUUAAAGAUCGCAAUGAUGAGAAGGAGAAGUGAUGACUAUUUUGACAACUUUAAGGCAUCCAGCUGGGACAAAUAUUUUUGAACUCUAUGAUUUCAAGCAUAAAUCCUCACCUGGGAUUCUCUUUGCACAGAGGUCUCCUUUUGAGGAGCAGCUGGGCAGAUGUGUACCUUAGUGGCCAAAAUGUUUAGUUGAGAGAUAAAGCAGGUCUGGAAAAUGUCCCACAAGGAUUUCACACCUUUCUCUCCCUUGCAAUCAGUAGACAGAUCCAUAACUGGCAAAAAUAAAAAAUCUUAAAUUGUAUUUUGAUAGAUUUGCAUAUCAGACUUCUGGGAAUAAAAAUCAAGUUAUCACCAUCUAGAAGUAGUAAUAUCCAAUUUAUUUCCCAGUGGUUCCACAUUUUUUUCUAUUUUUCAGGGUCUCUUUUAUUUCAGGUUUCUGCUAUCUUUUUGUUUUUUCCCUUUUUUCCUGACUAGCUUUUGACUAAAAUACAAUCACUGAUUUACUGAAGUUUAAUUAGUGUAAAUCAUUUCCACAAAAAUUUCCAAAGAAAACUUCAAACUCUCUAAAUAAUAAGUAAUUUUAAACUAGUAAUCUUGGGGUGCUUCUUACCCUGGAGUGCUUUGAAAAAUCCCUGAUGACUGGGGACAGUUUGCCUAAGUUGGAACAUUUCCUUAUAAGUUAUACUAUUCCUCCUCCUUUUCAUCGGCCACAUCCAUCUUAUGUCUCUAUACAUGACCACGUAAAUAUCAUCUUUGGUGUUCCAGCUCACCAGAAAAUUUCCCAUCUUCUAGUAAACACCAUCCAUGCAUUAGUUAUUUGUAAUUACCUGCUGGCAUAUGAUUCCAUGUAACCUUUAAUAUGAUGAGCUAUUGAAUUAUGUUCACUAAGAUAUGAUCAGAUAAAUAAUAGAUAUGCACAUGAAAAAUGGAAACUUGUAUAAUUUCUAAAACAAAUCAUGCAGAUCUGUUAUGGCAACAAUAGGUGAUCACUCUGCAUUCUUAUUGUUAAGGGUAGAUAUUUUCCCAGUUGCAAAAAAAGAAGCCAAAAAUGAGUUCUGCUCUCAUCAUUGAAUUUCAGUCCCUUUGUUGUAUAAUAUAGUUAUGAAAAUUGUACUCCAAUGGCUAAAGCCAUGCUGCUUACAUGGUUGAUGGGUGUAUCCCAGCAGCUGAACCUGGCAUUUUUGAUGCUCCCAGUGUGGUUGAGCUUUACAUUUACAGAUUCAGCAACAACACUUACAUGCAUACACAUGCAUAUACAUGCACACACAAAUGAAACCUGGAUAUUUCCUGAGCCUCUUAAAUGAGGAAAAUAAAAACCAUGAAAGACUAAACACCCAACAUGGGUGUCACCUAUAUUAUGCUCAUGAUUUUUCAAUGACUUCUAUUUCCCACGGCCUGCCAGGUAGAGCACUUGGCAAUUACUUUAUAAUGAAGCCCAGUGGCUUGACUUGUAAGUUAAAUCUAGACCAUGAUUCUAGACCAUUAUAAAUUGAGGCCCAGAUUCUUCUAGAGAUAAGUCUCCAGAAACUAGAAAUUACAAUGCUAGGGGCAGUUUCCCAGAGAAACGAGUGUAUUGCCCCAUGGGUGAAAUACUUGUAACUCUACUUUCAUGGACAGAGUGUAUCUACUUAGGUAUAGCAGGGAGACAAGAAGAUUUUCUGUCAUCUCUGCUGGCUAAGUGUAAAGUUUGUGCUAUAUCAGCAGCAUGAUUACCAAAUAUGACAAUCGAGCUCUGGAUCACACCUGAUUAUCUAAUAGACCCAUUAUUAACACAGCUUAGAAACCAGUUAAACAUGGAGAAUGAAUUACCUUCCUGUCCCUGGAGAUGAGAUGCCUUUGGCUGCAGGAUGAAGGGUUGUUUUCUAGGCACUGUGCUCAUCAUAUCAUAAAUGGUGAUGCAUAUCACGUGUACACAGAUAUUUGCAGGAUUGAGGGAUUGAGAAUUUUGUCAAGUUAAUCUCUUCAGUGUACCAGUUAGUGAGAGGAACAUGGGACAUAUGGAAGGCAAUGAGAGAACGUGCAUCUAGAAUUUGAUGGGGGCUCAGUGAACCACAGCUAAACUAGCCUGUGCAGGAAGUUAAUGGGCAGAGGGACAUGCAACUCCCCAAGCAAGUAAAAGAAAUAAUUUCAGCCCUGAAAUGUGACCAUGGUAGGGCCACCAGUAUGCCUUCAUUGUCACCUAACUCCAACCACAGAGAGUCUGACAAGUUUGUGUUAUGAUGUUGGCUUGGCUUUGUAUCUUUAAUUAGCUUUGGAUUUUUAGUGAUUUUUGUCAUAUUACGUCUGAAUUUUGUAGGUAGGAUUAUUUUGAAAAGAGUUUACUAGUGUGGUCCUUGGAGUAGAAUUUACCUGUAAGCAUGUUGUUAGCCAGCCUAUAGACUGUUAAUUAUGUAAUAAUCUCAUUGGGAAUAAAACUAGUAGUUUUCUAUUCAGAUACCAUAAUUGGAAAAGCAGUUUAACUACUGCUACUCUUAAAAGACUUGAGUUUGGGAUGCCUUUUUUCUUUUAAUGAGAUGAAAAGAGCCAAAUCUUUAGUCAAAAGUAGCAAAAUUAGAAACCAUUUCCUGAAAUGUGUUUUGUUCAGCUUCCAAAUGAUGGGUCACUAAAUACAUUGGAUUUGGUCUGUACUGGAAAGAUACUCAUACUGUUGUACCUUUCCUGAAGCUAUCUUAAUUAGGUUUUGUUUUAUUCAGAUUUGCAUCCCAGAGGUUAAAGGUAGAGUUGGAAAGCAGUUUUGAAGGCAGACUCAACUGAGUUGUGAGGGUGAAACCCUCACUGACUUCUCAACAGACACGAUCAAAUUCACCUGCAUGAGUUAGCGGGUGGGAGACCCAAACUGGAUCACUGGGUAGGAUUACUCAGUAAAGCAAUGAACUACUUGUUUAGAGAAGCAUCACUAUCCCCAUUGAGAACAAAUGUGUAGCAAGAUGAAAUAGCUACAUGAUAUCAAACAAAUGGGUCAGUUCAAUGCCCCCAAAGUCAAUUCUGUGGGGAAAACACUCAGCCAGUUGUCAGUGUUGUGUCACAACUGGCUGACUAAAUUCUUUGCUGUUGUUGUUCUUGUUGUUGCUGUUGUUGUUUCGCAUUUCCACUCGCACAGCCUUAUUCUCAUGAUUAAACUCUGAUUCAUGUUCUCUUUGCUGUUAGCAAACUCCAAUGACAGAAAUGGCAUCUGUGUAUUGAUAAUCAGCAUUUAUCCUGGCAGGAGACUAACCAGAUAGGCUGGUCUCAGACAUUAAUCCUACCAGCUGAUAUUUCCAGUGAAAGAGCAAAUAUUAGUUCCCUUUCCAUUCUCCUCCUCACAAAUCUAGAAGCCCUCUUUACCAAGAGCAUCACAUUCUUCUCUGUAAUCUUUGGACAAAAAGACAAUUGCAUUGCGGGGAGGGCA